UGAAUAUGGCGAGUGACGGUUAGGAUUAUGUUAUCACUGACAACUGGCUAUCCCGAAGAUAUACAAUGUUGUGACAACGUUACCUCAGUCCGGUCACAACGUCCCCUGCCUGGAAUGAACGCGGGCUAUUACAGGUUUUACAACGCUGGGGUGUGUGAGACACUGAGUGUCCCACCCUCAGACAGACAUUUGUGACGCCAUCCCGACUGUUGAGCCACUGCUGACUGGCUCAACGAGUUACACAGCAUGGGCAGUGGGAGACAGUCACGGAUGACGACAAACCACGGAAGUCAGAAGUAUCUCUCAACCAGAAAUGUCCUGUCACUGAUUGUGUUGUGUGCUUUCACGGUCCUCGUGACGUACCAGUGGCGUCAUGAGGCACAGUUCUACCACAAGUUCAUCAACGUCUCACUGUCGUCCUUGACCUUCGCCCCACCCCGCCCUGCCACGUUAAGCAGGAAUCAGAACGCAACGGCCAGUACCGUCGUGACAACCCGUACCAACCUAGCGACCUUUCCCCCUGGAAACAACGCUACAACCACGUCUCCCCCACCAGUGUUCACCACAUCACAAACAGUGUCCAGUGUGUGUAGAAACCCCUUCAGGGAGGAGUAUCUGAGGAAACAGGACUACUUGUGCUCCAGGCCACUAGGAAGAUUUGGCAAUAUGAUGUUUAUCUAUGCGUCUUCCUAUGGAAUAGCGACCUACAAUAACAGAACGCUGAUUAUGAGCAAGGCGUUGAUGUUGACUGACUAUUUCAAUCUUAAUGUCCUAUUAGUGGAUGAUUUUGAAUGUGUAGUCACGGGAACGAAGGGAGUAGGUCCAAGGCAGGCUUGUGCGUUCGACGAGAGUCUCAUGCAUAUAGCCAUAGGAGAGAACGUUUGCCUGGGGAGCUAUUUACAAUCAUACAAGUACUUCGAGCAUGUUCAGGAAGCAAUCAAGAAACAAUUUACAUUCAAGAAGGAAACCAGAGACAAAGCGAUGAGCAUUAUAAAUGGUGCUAUAAACACAUUCCAUGAACGUAAUACGACAGUGAAGGACACCCGCCCCGUGUUGGUCGGCGUCCAUGUGAGACGGGGCGAUAUGGUUAAGAGCAAAUUUGGUUAUGCAGUUGCAACGCCAGAAUAUUUAGGAAAUGCCACUCAAUAUUACCGGGACAAGUUCCCCAAUAGGUUGUUUAUUGUGUGUUCUAAUGGAAUGACAUGGACAAAGCAACACGUUGUUGGUGAUGACGUCUUCUACGUGGAGGGGAACACGUUUGAAGUUGACAUGGCGGUGUUGGUGAGCUGUAACCACAGUCUGACCACUGUGGGAUCCUUCAGUUGGUGGGCGGGGUUCCUGGCAGGGGGACAGGUUGUGUACUAUCAGUGGCCAGUCAUGGAGAAGUCAGGACUUCGGAGACACUUCUCAGCCAAUUACACAGACUACUUCCCCCCUUCCUGGAUCGGGAUGUAGUGACCACACGGUGCCGUGUAUUCACAUCGCUUCUGUAUUGCCUCAUUGAAGGGACUCACAUGUUAUAGAUAAUUUUUAUUAAAUAUAGUUUUAUUCACUAUUCCCAGGUAGGUACUGAUGGCCCAGUCGUCUAAGGCGCCGCGAUUCACUGUACAGAGUUGCAUCCCUUGGGCACGCCAGACGCCUAUGAUUGUGGGUUCGAAUCCCGGUUAGCCCCGAUUAUGUUUCUAGGUUUGUCA